AUGGGAGACCGAGGGGUUCAGGAAGCAGGGCGUCGGGAAUGGCCAGUCCUUCCAGGCCAAGAGGGCAGCCUGUGCAAAGGCCCAGAGGCAGAGCGGUGUGUGAGUGGAGGGCCCACCGUAAGGGGUGGAGUGGGAAAGGAGACCGGGGAGGCUGCCUGCGUGGAGGCUGAAAGCUCUUCGGGGAACCAGGGCUGGGAGGGGGCAGCCGGCUGGGCGUUGACAGCCUCUCCCAUCCCAGCCUGGCAGCCUACGAGCAGUGGCAAGAACUUCUCGAGGGUGGAGGUGGAGCUGAGCUGGUCCGAGGCGCUGCGGUACUGCCGGCUGCACCACACGGACCUGGCCGACCUGCAGAGCAUGAACAGCGCGCGCAGCGUGGGCUCGCUCUACGCCCUCACCAGCAGCGCGCAUGCGUGGAUCGGCCUCUUCUUCGACGUGCGCAUUCAGGGCCUGAGCUGGUCCAGCGGCUCCGCCUUCACCGCGCCGGUGUGGAGCUCGCUGCCCGUCUUCAAGGAGGGCGUCUGCGCCACCCUGUACUCCAUCUCCAUCUUCCCCAGCCUGGGGGCCGCCUCGUGCACGGCGCAGAAGCCCUUCAUCUGCUACUACGACCCUUCUGUGGGGCACCGCCUCUUCACGGAGCCUGCUCUCAGCCCGACCACCUCUCCAAAGCCAGCCGUGGUCCAGAUUGGCCAACAGACGUUCCUGCGGUUUGCCCGGGAGCUGACCUGGCAGGCGGCCCUGCUCUACUGCCGCGGCCACCACACGGACCUGGCAGACCUGCAGCAGGUGACCGACGAGGCCAGCAGGGAGGCCUUGAGGUCCAUCACCGAGGAGACUGAGGCCUGGAUCGGCCUCUACUUCAACACGGCCUCCGGGGCCCUGAGCUGGUCGAGCGGCCUGGGCGCCAGCGUCCCCACCUGGCUCCAGGUGCCUAAGUUCGGGGCAGGACUGUGUGCGGGGCUCCGCACCUACGCGCGCUACCCCCCCAGAGUGUACGCACUGGCCUGCUCCGCCCUGAAGCCCUUCAUCUGCUUCUACGAGGCGGGGCCGGGGGCCACUCUGGCCUCCGCUUCCAGCCCUACCCCAGACCACGUGUCGAGGGGGCGACUCUCGCCCAAGGCAGGCCCGAGGGUCGUGGCCCCACGCACCGCUGCCCCCUCCACGCCUCAGUUGCCCGCAGAAGGGCAGCGCUCCGGCUCAGCGCAGGCAUUCGGCCUCACACCCCCAGCCUCUCCUGGGAGCUCCCUGGGGACCGAAGAGAGCGCCUCAAAGCCUUCGGGCUUCUUGAGCACGGGACGCUUGCCUCGGAGACAGCAAUGGUGUGUGGAGCAGUGGCCGCCCAGGCCUGGCUUGUGGCUCGGGGGCUUUCGCCAGACUCCGCUCCCCCUGCUCCUGGCUGUAUUUGCAAUGGCUCCUUUAUGUUCCCCUCCUGGAGCUGUGGCCACUGGAGGAACCGGCAGCGAUCGGAGAGAGACAGCCAUGGCCACUCCGGCCCAACGUCUGAGCUCAUCUAAGCAGCCGGCGUCUGCAGAAACCACCCCGGCACCCGCCCCAGGGAAACUCUUUGGAAUCCUGAAAGCAGAUUUUACCAUCCCAGCUCUGACGGACCCAGAAGAUCUGAAAGACCAAUUUUUGAGGGAGAUCCAAGAAGUCUUAAAGCUUACAUUAGGUCAUGAGCAAUUUAGACUGGAAUGGGUUGGCUGCGAAGUAAACAAAGACUAGCCCACAUCAACUGAUCUGGAGUCUGUUCUCGCAUAAUCUUCUCUGGAUUCUGAGGGCAAA